GAUGCUAAAGAGAGAGGAAUGGAUUGUAAGGAACCAAAAGCAUCUGGGUCUUCGUAUUUCUGUUUGAGUCGCCGCGACUUUGCCGGGAAGUGGAAUAUUCCGGCUGAUUUCGGUGUUUCUUAAUAUACUCAUCACUCAUCUGUCUUGUUCGAUAAUAGAAGCAAAACCAGAUUGCAGAAUUAAUUAUACUGCUGAACCGAUGGUGCAGCUAUCUAGUCUUUUGACGUCUUUGUCAAAGAAUGUUUUGAUAAGUAGUAGGAAGAAGAGGAGACCAGAUGUUGGAAAACAAACCGCCGAUGAAUUGGUGAAGGAAGCAAAGAGGAAAGAACUGGUGCGAACUUCUUCUGGUGUUGUUAAUGGCUACAAAUAUAAUAAUUUUACUUCAGUUUACUCGAAAAGAGGGAAGAAAGGAAUUAAUCAGGAUCGCUUCAUUGUGUGGGAGGAGUUUGGAUGCCAAGAGGAUAUGACCUUUUGUGGAGUUUUUGAUGGGCAUGGUCCAUGGGGACAUCUUGUGGCAAAAACGGUGAGGGAAUUGAUGCCGUCGUCUUUACUACGAAAUUGGCAAGAAGCUGUUGCUCUAAAUGUACUCAAUUCGGGUGGUAACUUGGGAUCGCACACGAACCAUUGCCUGUUUGAUAUAUGGAAGCAAUCUUACUUCAAGACUUGUUCUGCUGUUGAUCAAGAACUUCAGCGCUGCACGGGAAUUGACUCUUUUUACAGUGGUACUACAGCUUUGACUGUUGUUAGACAGGGUAAUCUCAUGAUAGUUGCUAAUGUUGGAGAUUCUCGUGCUGUGCUAGCAACCACUUCUGAUGAUGGUCGUUUGGUACCCGUCCAGCUUACAGUUGACCUUAAACCCAAUUUACCACACGAGAGCGAACGAAUAACACAAUCAAGAGGGAGAAUAUUUUCUUGCCCGGAUGAACCUGGAGUGUGCAGAGUCUGGAUGCCAAAUGAACAGGCGCUAGAUGGUCCGGGAUUAGCAAUGUCGAGAGCGUUUGGUGACUACUACAUAAAAGACUUCGGUCUUAUUUCCGAGCCUGAAAUAACAAAGAGAAACAUAACUAGCAAAGAUCAGUUUGCUAUUUUGGCAACCGAUGGGGUGUGGGAUGUUAUAUCUAAUCAAGAAGCAAUAGACAUUGUUUCUUCGAAGCCCGAGAGGGAAGAAGUGACUAAGAGGCUAGUCGAAUGUGCAGUUAGUGCAUGGAAACGCAAAGGACGGGCUGCUGCAAUGGAUGAUAUUUCAGCUAUUUGUCUCUUCUUUCAUGAGUACGAUCACCCUCAAUCCGUGGACUCAGGGAAGCUGAAUAGUAAACUCAUAUGAACUCAGUAACUUCUCAUCGAUCUUUUCAAGUAUAUAUUUAUGAUUGCAGUUAAAUCGUAUUAAAACUCUGUAUAGAUGACUCCAAAGUUAUUGGGAAUAAAGUAUAUCCCUUGUAUUUAUAGUUAAUUGAUAUGAAUAUCAGUAUUCCAUCGAGUAAUACUGUGCGAGUCCUAGGCUACAAUAUUAUAAAAGCAAACCUUGAAACAA